CCCGGGUUCCGGGACCUCCAAGCGGCAGAAAGGUGGAGACGCUCUCAAGCACUGGAAGAUCUCCGCCCGAGCGCACCUCACUGGGGUCUGCAGGGGGGGAGGAACUGGCCCAGGCCCCGCCCCCGCCCCUCCGCCGCUCCGCCAGGUGCGCGUGCGCCGCAGCCCCGCCCUCGCCGCGCCCCUCCCGUCCCUCCUCCAGGUGCGCGUGCGCCGCGGCCCCGCCUGCCGCCCGGACUCUCUUUUCCCGGGCUCGGCCGCCGGCGGCCGCUUCUCUGCUCUCCUCAGAGCCCUUGUACGCGCGCUCCCUCCGGCCCUCCGGGAGUCGCCCGGCGGCAGGGGCCAUGGCGUGGCGGCGGCGGCGGCUCCAGGCCCGCGGCGCGUUGGCGCUGCUAGCGCUGGCCCUGUGCUCCCCCGGCGCCCGGGGCCGGGCACUCGAGUGGUUCUCGGCGGUGGUGAGCACCGAAUACGUGGACCCGCAGACCAACCGGACCGUGCGGAGCGUCUCGGAAAGCGGCCGCUUCGGCGACAGCUCGCCUAAGGAGGGCGCGCACGGCCUGGUGGGCGUCCCGCGCGCGGAAGACCGCGACCCCGAGGGCUGCGAGCCCUACACGCGCUUCCUCGUGCCCGGCGUUCAAGGGGCCGCGCCUUGGGUCGCGCUGGUGGCGCGCGGGGGCUGCACCUUCAAGGACAAGGUCUUGGCAGCGGCUCGAAGAAACGCCUCGGCGGUGGUCCUGUACAACGAGGAGCACUACGGGAACUUCACUUCGCCCAUGUCCCACGCGGGAACUGGAGAUACAGUGGUCAUUAUGGUUAGCUACCCAAAAGGAAGAGAAAUUUUGGAGCUGGUGCAAAAAGACAUUCCAGUCAAAAUGACCAUAGGGGUUGGCACCCGCCACGUCCAGGAGUUCCUCAGUGGUCAGUCAGUGGUGUUUGUGGCCAUCGCCUUCAUCACCAUGAUGAUCAUCUCCUUAGCCUGGCUAAUCUUUUACUAUAUCCAGCGCUUCCUGUAUACGGGCUCUCAGUUUGGAAGUCAGAGCCACAGAAAAGAAACAAAGAAAGUUAUUGGCCAGCUUCCUCUUCAUACUGUAAAGCAUGGAGAAAAGGGAAUUGAUGUCGAUGCUGAAAAUUGUGCAGUGUGUAUUGAAAAUUUUAAAGUAAAGGAUGUUAUCAGAAUUUUGCCAUGCAAGCAUAUUUUUCAUAGAAUAUGCAUUGACCCAUGGCUUUUGGAUCACCGCACGUGUCCAAUGUGUAAACUUGAUGUCAUCAAAGCCCUGGGAUAUUGGGGGGAGCUCGAAGAUGGGCAGGAGGUGCCGGGCCCGGAACCUGCCCCCGGGGGCGUUUUGGCUGCAGACCUGAGUCUUUCAUUACCGGAUGGUGACAGAAGUGACAACUCGGUGUCAUCCUCCACCAGCGACAUUGUGCCACAGUGUGACGGCAGUUUCAAAGAGGACACAGGCGAAAACACAGCCUUACUGGAAACAGGCAGGAGCGAGCCUCAGCACGGAGGACCAGUCUCCUAGCAAACGCCCCGCAGACGGUGUCACGGACAGAGCUUGGGCUGGAAUUAAAGGACAUUUUAUUUUGUUUACUUUAGCAGAGUUUGUAAAUGUGAAAAUAAUGUACAUUCUUUUACCUUUCAGGUUCUGAAACAUACAGGGGCUAAGAGAGUUUACUCUUAAAGAGACUUUUUGAUUAGUCUUCAUAUAUUUAUCUACUAAAAUAUAUCAUUUAGGAUAAACAACAUUGUUUCAGGCUAUUGUAGAGGGGCAGCUGGGGGCAGCCUUCCAAUGUAUAGGACAGCUGGUCUUUCUAAGUCCUAGGCUGGCUACCUCGUUGCUUUAAAAAUAAGGUGAAUUCUGUUUUCUCACGGAUGGUUCUAGACUAAUAAGCACACUGAACUUAGACUAGUUGAAAUGGAGUUUUGUAAUUAUAUUCGGCAGUUGAUCACAUGAGUUUCCCUGGAGGAAAGACUUUUUAGAACAUUAAACUUGGAAAUAUGAGAGGAAUCUGUCACUUUCUCUGUAUUUCCAAACCUCAGCGUACUUUCAUUAUUGCUUUUUAUUUGGAAUUACGAGAAAAGCACUGGUUGACUUUAAGAUUUGCAUUUCUCCCAUUUAUUGCCUACUUUCUCCUAACAGCCUUGAUGGGGAGGGGAGUUUGUCCAUGUUUUCUACAAUAAAAAAGCUAAGAUUCUGUAUUGCACACAAGUAUUGAGUUUUUCGUUGCUUGUUAAGUGGAGGAGACAGACUCUGAUCCGGGGUUUAUUUGGGCAAAUGACAAAUUUGUUGGUCCCAACUGCCGUUUAAUCUUCACAGUUAAAAGGGUAGUAGAUGUGGACUUUUAACUGUUAUUAUAACAAAAUAAAUGAGUAACCAGUUCUUGUGGCGCAGCGGGUGAAGAAUCCAGCAUCACUGCAGUGGCUCAGGUUCAAUUCAGGCCUAGAGUCUUGACAUGCCAUGGGCGAAGCCAAAAAUAAAAAAUACAAACAAAAAACGAGUAACCGGUUUUCUUGAUCAAUUUUAAAGUAAACUUAAUGACAGUGACCUUCUUCAGGCCUCUCUCCACUUGACUCUCAUUUGCUGUUCCUCCUUAGAGAACAGAGCAGGCAGGAGCAGGCUGCUGUCGCUCCUUUGGGGGCUAAUCUCUAAGCUUAUAAUGUGAUUAUGUAAACACAUGCCCUGCUCUGUUCUCAGUUCUUAGAGGAUGUGACGAAGUGCUGUUUCUUUAGAACUUGAAAUUGUCCUUUGACACUUCCCAACGCCUUACUGUAUAUAAUCUUUAUUUUGUGGGUAAAAAUGUUUAUCGAGACCAUAUAAUUUUAAAUGAUUUUUCUUAUGUAAGUAAGAUAUAAAGUCUGUAUAGUUUGUUUUUUUCCAACUACUUACUACACUUUGAUUCCAGCUGCUCAGGGAAGUGCUAGUGGAAUAAACAGUGUUAUUGAAGUAAAUUGAGGCCAGAUUCCACAUGAGGCACUAUCAGAAUAGAAGUUCUUAACUUUGAGUUCUCACAUCAACACGCAACCUCAAUAGGUUUCCGUAAUAAUCACUUAUCUUUGAAAUCCGGCUCUGUGGUUUAGUGCGGAUAGGAAAAUAUGUCCUCAAUCCUAUACUAAGUAGAUUGUUUGCUCUUUGUAUUUUUAAGACACAUACUUGGGGGGGGGUAUGCUUCAGUUCUUCCCAAGAGCCAGCGAAGCUGAUUUUUAAAAAUAUUAUGAUGGAAUAAGGUAAAUUGUUUAUUGAUAAUUAUGGAAUUGUGAUUUAUCAGUGAGUGGCUUCAACUUCAAAAGUUGAAACCCUAGGGAGAUUCUACUGUGGCACAGCAGGUUAAGGACCAGGCUUGGGUCACUGCAGAGGUGCAGCUUCAAUCCCUGACCUGGCACAAUGGGUUCAGUAAGGAUCCAGGUUGCCACGGUUGUGGCAUAGGUCGCAGCUGAGGCUCGGGUUUGAUCCCUGGCCCAGGGGCUUCCACAUACCAUGAGUACAGCCACAAAAGAAAAAAAAAAUAGUUUGAACCCUAAAUUAUAAAUAGAAGGCAAUUAUAGUAGUCUUAGCUCUGGAAACACAAGUCUUUUAACAGAUGAAGUCAGAGAAAAGAGUCUUCAGGACUUUGAAAGGAAGUUUCCUUUGAUGAUAGGCUUUUCUUAGAUGGAAAUAAACAUGCUAAAGGGUCAGAUAUUCCUACAACUUUUGCUGAAAUACAGAGUUGAUAAAAUGCUGGCGAUGUGGGGAAUGUAAAUGCAGAAAGAUGAGCAAGUCAGAGCGAUUUAGUUAAGGUUGUAUUAUUUAUGGCAGUAAUCACUUUCCUUUAAUGACUGUCAAAACAUCUGUUUGUUCACAAAUAAUGUAGAUGUUUUUUCUCUUUAACUGUGAAUGCCUCGGGAGGACAGAGCCAGGACCCAGGAGCUGAGUACCGACCCCUGCCCCGCACCUAUGUUGCUGCUGGAUUUCCCACCAGAGGCCGUGACCUCCAGCAGGUGUACACACAGCCCCCGUGGCAGGUGAUUUGAAGAUACUAAAAGCUAGAAAUUAGAGCUAAAAAAUCCAAGAAUUCAAGAUGUGGCUUAAAAAAAAAAUAACGGUUAAACUCUACUCGUCUGGUUACACUUGAUUGCAGUUAUUAAAUCCCAGGAUUAUUUCUCUUAUUUCAGGUCCCCACAACGAGGAAGGAUAAAGUUACACCUGUGUCUGCAGUCACUGUGCCUAAUGUGAAGUUCAAGGGUCAGGCACUGUCAUGAUGAUUCAAAACCUCAUGGGCAGUAAGACCUUCACAAUGUCUUCAUUUACUCUCUCACUCCAGCUUUAACAUUGGAACCUCAGGAAAAUGGGAUUCUUGCUUUAUCAGGAGCCUGUGACUUAAGUUUUAAGCCAGACCAGGCAUCCUGCUCCAUCUUUAGUGCAAGAGACCUCAUCUACUUUUGAGUAUUAACUCUGGGGUGACGCUCCCCUGUGGAUAAUCAUGAGCCAGACACCUAGAGGAUGUUCUUUCCAAGUUCUUACCGAAAAUUCAUCUAAAAAAAAAAAGGUCAUCCAGGAAAGCAAAAUGUUGCCUUAAGUAGGUAAAAUGGGGUUUGUAGCCAUUAAGCCAAGCAAUCCACUCAGGGUUUGAAGAAUCAGGUCACAGUACAGUGCAGCAAUGGAGGGGGGCUGGAUGAGGUAUCACUUUGACAUCUUGGUCUCAGAAGGUGCCUCCCCAGUGUCCAAAGUCUUCAGCAAGCGGAAGAGGCCGGCAGCUUCUCGUAUCCUGCUGAACUCGAUGCAGAAGGCCUGCACCUCUAUAAACAAGUCCUGCACGUUGAUGAUUUUGUUACGGAUCAGGGACUGGAGAAAAACACACACGAGACGCACCAAACGAUUCUGAAAGAGAAACAAGUUUUAGUCUUUUUUUUCUUGGCAGGCAUUUAUAAAAUUUACAGAAAUUUCUAUUACUUACCUGCAUAUAUUUAUCCUUAAUUUGUUCACAGGUAGAAAUGCAAUUUGAUAUAUAAAGGUGAAUAAAUUCAGGAGGCAGAUCAACAGCUGUAGUAAGUCUGUUUCAGAAAGUAAGUUAGGGCUGUUAAUUUUAUUUGCUAAUAGCAUUUAAAAGCACCAUUAACCACGUGAACUCAUUCAGUGAAAAUUCUGCUAUGUGAUUCGGUUACCUAAUUUUAAAUGGGCAUAUGCAAGUAAACCUUGAGGCCACACCCCCUCAGUUUCACACACAUACUACUAGUGGAGCACGGAGCACCGUGUCCCUGUGUGCUCUUGGCUGAGUCACAGUCGUCCUCCCAGCUCUGCUGGCCUCGGCAGUUACCCUGUUCACUUAGCUACCAUUUACUAAACCCUGACUCCGAGUGAGGGAAGCAGAGUCAGUAACUGAACAGCACAGUGCAAAACCAAGUAGGGAUGGGGGAGGGGGUGGGCAUGGCCUGGCCUGACCUGGCCAGAAAGACCUGGCUGGAAUGUAGCCAAAGGCACAAGACCUGAGAGUCUUGCAGAGGUAGCUGGUAUUUUCCAAAGGAUCUGUGGAGUGUUUUAAGGGGGAAAACGGUGGAGGGGGAAUUCCAUGCUCAGAUAAAGGUGUGCUGUGCUAACUACACGGUAUAAAUUUCUGAAAGAAAUUCUAAACUUCUGCGGCUAUAGAACUUUUUCCCACAGUGCUCCUAGGAUCCACUCAGGGUGGGCACUGGGAUGGGGGCACAGAGCUGACCCUUGUCCUGGAAGUCAUUGCUACUUUUCUUGGACCAAGAGCCUAGGGGACAGUAAGCUAGCACUCAGCCUGGUCAGCCCAGGACCUGACAGAAAGCAGACCCCACCAAGAGUGAAUGUUCACAGCAGGAAGGGGCCGGAAGAGGAGGCAGAAAUAGCCAACCCCACCAGCGACAGGAAAUACAAGCUGAAAGAAAACAGCACGCUUUGAGCUGCCUUCUGCGGGGCACACACUGGCAGCCACUCAGCUUCCAGCCAGGCUCUUCCUGCCAGCUGAAUUACUGAGAAGGGCAGAUUUUUCAGUCCAUCUUAAGGAGGUUAAAAGAUGUUAAUCCCCCAGUUACAAACGAGUGGUCAAAGGGUGUGGCCUAAAUGAAGUUCAACUGCCUGAUCUGCUCAGAAUGGAUCUCCCCACAGAGCAGAAAGACCAUGUAAUCUAGUCCCCAAGCAGGACACCACAAGAAAGCUGUGCAGCUUCAACUGGGGCUUCGGGCAAACCUACACCUAAGGCUGCCCUGCGUACAGAGAGCGAACCAGACGAGAGGCUCCCAAUCCCAAGCUUGCCCCACGCCUGUUAAACGUGGAAUUUACCCAAACAUAUUGGUAAGGAAAAUGAGGUGUAAAGUCACCAGUCAGAGCACCUCAGGGGGGGAAUGCUGUUUACCUGACAGUUGGGACAGCAGAGCAAAGAAAGGCCUAAAGACCAGCUCAAGGACUCGCAGGCAGGCAUGCCCAGAACCUCCCCCGCUCCUAGACCAACACUCUGCCGUGAUAACAAGAAAUACAGUAGGAUCUGUAACUUGUGUAGAGAUAAUAUAUGGCUAUAUAUAAGGAAAUAAAUUCCAGCAAUUAAGUUUCA